AUGGUGCUGAAUAUAAUCAUCUCAGUUGAUGCAGCAUGCAGUGACACCUGUGCUUCUGAUGAGUAUUGCAAUAAUUCUAACUGUACCUGUAACUCAGCACUGUACAAUAAUACAGGCAGCAAUCCAUCACCGACAAUUGACUGCAGUAAUGGAGAAAUGAGUACUUACAUCUCUAAAUGUUGGCUGGAAAGAAAUGGAUACAAUAGCACAAGUAUAACGCUGGAUAAUGUCACCUGUUUAGCUACAAGAGAGAUCGUCAAUGACACUGCUGUCAUGAGUUUCCACCGACCACUGAUCAGUAAGGACUGUGGUAACAAUGUAUAUAUGAAUUCAACCCAUGUCACAUUUUCCAAUAGGCUGCAUAUUUAUGCAAAGACCCAACCUAUUUUGUCUCGACAAGAUGUGAUCAUGAACUUUUCGUGCAUUUUCCCACUUUUUAUAAAUGUUCAUCUGAAUUUCACAGUGAAGCCAAUACUUGGAUCAACUCAGAUAACUGUUCCCGGUACACUCGGUUCAUUCACACUGGACAUGUUUAUUUAUAAAGAUGCGGAUUUUACCACACUGCUAACUGAAAAUGAGUCAGUGUAUGUGGAAAGUACUCUCUAUAUUUCCCUGAUCAUACCAAGUCUGGAAGUUCAAAAUUUUAAAAUUAAAGUGCUCGAUUUAUAUGCUUCGGUCUCAGAAUCUGGACCAACAUACUAUUUGCUACAGGAUGGGUGCCCAACCAGCGGAAUAACUGCUGAUCUGAUGAGUGUGCUUAACAAUGGAAAUGCCACCGAAGCACGGUUUGCUAUGAAAGUUUUCCAGAUUGCUGGUUCCUCCACUGUCAGUCUCACUGCUAAAGUAAAAAUCUGCACAGUUGAUUGUGAAAUAGAUUGUACCAUAGGAGCUAGAUCAGCAUCCAAUCUGGACAACACUGCUUCAGAAAAGGCGCAGGCCUUGUUGCGGUUGGUGCAGCACGACAGUAUGGGGCAGGCUCAGACCAACCACAAGCGGGGGUACAACCAGAAGGCCUGUGAGAGGACCCAGCAGGUGCAUCAUGAGCGGGAGGCAGGUGCCCUCCCGGAAUGCCACCCCUUCCGGGAAAUGUUCACCAAAAGUCACAAAAGGACGGAGUCCACCGAGAUGCCGUUGGGCAUGGAAUAUGCCCCUGCCACUUCUAAGCGGAUGGUCAAGCUGCUUAAGGGACUCGAAGGGUACGCGGCCGCGUACCUGGAGGUCAUUGCUGUCUUCGGUCCUACAUGGGACUUGGGAGGAUCCCCAAGAGCAUCUGGCGCAGAUUAUCGGGCAGAUCUGCCAGGCAGGCUUGACCCUUACGCCAGGAAAGUGCCUCCUGGGCAAAAGCGAGGGGACCCGGGCAGGCGGAGAAGCUUUGGAACCGGAGCCCAGGAGAGUGGAUGCCAGCGCAUCCUGGCUCACCCUCUGGGACAAGUAGCAGGUUUCACCAUGUCUUGGACAUUGAGCUCAAUACUCUUUUCAGUGUUUAUAGUGAAAUUGAUGUAA